GCCAGGGCGCGCCCGCCGAGCAGUGCCGGCGCACUGACGAGAAGGCCAGCACCGUGACCGUCGAGGAGACCCCCGUGGUGGCGGAGAAGCCGUUCAUCUCUGUGGACGCGGCCGGAAAGUACCACCUGAACGUCCCCCAGGUCAAGCGCGGCCGCGCGGGCACCGACUGGAGCCCGGGGAGGAGGUUCAGCUUCGAGAACGUGUUCGUCGCCAGGGACACGGACUCCACCGAAGCCAUCAACGAGCAGCUGAGGAAGGGGCUGCACGUGGUGCUGUCGCCGGGCACCUACCGCCUCGAGGCGCCGCUCGAGCUGCGCGUGGAGGGGCAGGUUCUCCUGGGCAUCGGCCUGGCGACGCUGGUCCCCGCGGGCCGCGGCCCCGCGGUGAAGGUGGGCGCCGCCGGAGCGCGCGUCGCCGGGCUGCUUCUGGAGGCUGGCGAGGGGCGUUCGGAGACGCUGUUGAUGUGGGGCGAGGA